UUAAUUUUGCAUAAAAUCUGCUACGACUUUGCAGUAUGGCAUUAUUGCUUGGAUGCUGAGCACUUGUGUUGGUCUGCUGCUUUCGUUCCUAAGCAAAUCAUCAGUUCUUCUGGGAUUAUCAUUGACAGUACCCUUAAUGGUAGCAUGCCUGUCUAUUGCAAUUCCUAUAUGGAUUCGUAACGGGUACCAGUUUUGGUCUUCAAGAGCUGAGGAUACAGGUCGUGCAGGAAGCCAUCUAACGCUGGGGAUAAAAGAGGGUGCUGUUCUUUUCAUCUCCAUCUCUUUAUUUGCCGGGUCGGUUUUAGCGCUUGGAGCAAUAGUGUCUGCAAAGCCUUUGGAUGAUUUAGAUUAUAAGGGAUGGACUGGUAGUCGGAAUGGUGUUACAUCUCCUUAUGCAUCAUCUGUUUACCUUGGAUGGGCAAUAGCUUCUGGAAUUGCUUUGGUAGUUACUGGCGUGCUGCCAAUUAUAUCCUGGUUCGCAACUUAUCGGUUUUCUUUGUCAUCUGCUAUUUGUAUUGGUAUAUUUGCAGCUGUUAUUGUGGCCUUUUGUAGCGUAUCCUAUUUUGAAGUUGUUGGCUCUAGAACCGAUCAGAUUCCAACAAAAGCUGAUUUCCUUGCUUCUUUACUUCCACUGAUAUGCAUUCCAGCAGUAUUGUCUCUUGGUGCUGGUUUGUUCAAGUGGAAAGACGAUAAUUGGAAGCUUUCUCGAGGUGCUUAUAUGUUCAUAAUCAUUGGUCUUCUUCUUUUGCUUGGGGCCAUUUCAGCUAUUAUAGUGACAAUAAAACCCUGGGCAAUAGGGGCGGCAUUCCUUCUGGUGCUUCUCCUCCUCGUUCUAGCUAUUGGUGUUAUUCACUAUUGGGCGUCAAAUAAUUUUUACUUGACUAGGGUUCAAAUGUUACUUGUUUGUUUUCUUGCAUUCCUUUUGGCUCUUGCAGCAUUUCUUGUUGGAUGGUUUCAGGACAAGGCUUUUGUUGGUGCAUCUGUUGGUUACUUCUCAUUUCUUUUCCUCGUAGCUGGAAGAGCAUUGACAGUCCUUCUUUCACCUCCUAUAGUAGUCUAUUCCCCAAGGGUGUUGCCUGUUUAUGUUUAUGAUGCUCAUGCGGACUGUGGGAAAAAUGUCAGUGCUGCAUUUCUUGUGCUCUAUGGCAUCGCAUUGGCUAUUGAGGGCUGGGGUGUGGUUGCCAGUUUGAAAAUUUAUCCACCAUUUGCUGGGGCUGCUGUAUCAGCAAUUACACUCGUUGUGGCCUUUGGCUUUGCUGUCUCCCGUCCAUGUUUGACACUUGAGAUGGUGGAAGAUGCUGUUCAUUUUCUUAGCAAGGAAACCAUGGUCCAGGCAAUUGCUCGAUCUGCCACGAAG